GACCCCCAAAAAUAGUCUGGAAGCCCCUCAAAGAGCAGAUAAGAAAACAAUACUGGAUUCCUAAAAAUAUAAUGAGAAGCAUGCUUGUGUGCAAGUCCAAUAUGAAAUUAAUAUAUUCUAUUGUCUUAAAAAAAAAAAGCUCUGUUUUGAGCAUGAGAAAUUUGAAAUAUGCGCAGUAGAUGUUCCUGAUUGCUCUACUCACUUUGGUGCAAAAUUCUCAAAACAUCUCUCGUUAUUAUGUUUUAUUAAUAUCACAUGCGUGUUUUCAGAGAAUUUUUUAGCAUAGUCUUACUAUUUUUAUGAGCUUGAUGAUUGGAAGAUGACUUAAUUUGUGUAUGCUUUCAAUGACAAGAAAGCCUGGUUGAAUAUCAAAGCCACACAUUUCCUCCAACCUGCAUUCAUUUACAUUCAAAAAAUCUCUCGGGAAUAACCCGGGUGAAAUACACCCCCCCCUCGCUAGCGCGUAUGCAGCGCCCACGCUCUGGUGACGACUUGAUUGAUCCGUGGGAGAAGUCUCAGACGUGGUCAGCGUGUGACACGGUGACUCAGCCUGUAGGCGGCCUCUCCAGCCUUUCAAAAAGCCUUCGCCAGUCUGUGUGGAGGCAGGCAGACGGCUGCUGGCCCAUCCUCAAGUUUCAAUGCUUGGACCUCGCACACACACACACACGGGCUCACAGUUAUCUCCAGCUUUGGAUUAUAAAGACGCACUUCCAUGCAGCGGAUCAGGGCAGCCUUGCAUUUGUGCUCCAUAUGAGGGAGAAAAUCUUCAAGGCACCUUGUGUCCUCCUGAGUCUGUUUACAAGUUUGAAUCUAUGCUGUGGAAAAUUUGGAACCCCGAUAACUGAUGAUGUGAGCAAGCUGUCGCUACUGAAACAAAACAUCCCUUCCGAUUAUGAGAUUCCUCUUCAUUACAUUCCCAGAGAAGUGGCUGGUGCGUGUUGGGUGGUAUUAAACGUUUACCCAUUGGAGCAAAGUCUUCGCAACCUAGCCAACAUGUUUGGCGCCGUCUCUUCCAACAAGGAAAAUAUCCUGGUCUUCAUCGCCAUGCUGAAAAGUUUGCGUUUUACGUUUGACCAUCAGGAACUGGAAACAGCGAUGCAAGUCUUCCAGUGUCACUACCAGGAGGGAAGAUUUAAGAAUGAGCUUUAUUUCAACUACAUCGAGGAGCUCCUCCACGUUGCGGCUCAUGAAGCAUCCAGCUUCUCCUGCAAGCCGCCACCUUGUCUCAAUACGGCAAAUGCACCAGGGGGUCAAAAGGAAGGUCAGGAUUACAGAUGGUGGAAAAGAACGCCGUUGCUUCUGGUUUUUAUUCCUGUAACGGCUUGCGUCAUUCUCAUCAUAUGGCGGAUCGCAUCUACGAGACAUUUCCCGGCACGCCCAGUUGAGGAGAUCGAAAUGGCACCUCGUGGCAUCGUUCCAAGCGUGUCCGUCGUCUCCAUCCCGCUUCAAAAGCUCGCCCACGACACCGCUGAUGCUCUCCCGGAGGAGGACGUGGUCGCCGGGCAUGAAAUAAGAUGAAGAAUAAAAAUAAGGAUGAGAAGGUUCCAUAUGGGAGAAGCUCAGACGGCUCACUCUGACGUGAACUGAGGCCAGAGCGUCAUAUGUGGAUUAAGCCUUGAAUCCCGAAUGAAUUCUGGAGCAUUGAAAAAUGAAAUCGGGAGAAGGCCUGGACUGGAUCCUCUUCCGGACGAAUGGAUCUCCAGAUUUGCUGAAUGACUCGAGUCAUUGUGACAUGGACUUGAGUCACCGCUCUGAUAGCUUGUGACUUGACUCAAGAGUUGACUCAAGACACUCACAAAAUUGGCUAGCAAUAGCCAAUCAUGACCUUAUUAGUCUUCUCGUGUUAUGAAGACCAAAUACUGUAACAGUAAGGUGACUUGAGAUAAACUGCAAGUUGAUUCGACGUUCCCAAACGAUGAGUCCACUAGUCAGCUACGUAAAGUCGACAAAUGGCUAAAUCUUCGUACAACACCUGCUUCGGACUUGCUUAAUGAGGUCACCCAUUAAUUGACUACGACUCAAUUGUUAGCACGUUAUAAUCGACUGCUAACUAUUUGAAGUCUUUCAACCCUUACUAUUCUCGAUAUUAAUGUUGACAAUCGGGUUCGAAUCGACUUUGGACGAAACAUCUUAAAUCGUUCGACCCCUACGUAGGACUUGCUUUCGAUAUCAAUGAUCAAUACUUUUAGCAUAUUAUAUAGGCGUCCCGAUACCCCCUUCCCACAUAUAGCCAUUAGAUUAUGAUUACACAUGUCCAGUUAUUUAUCUUAAUGCCUUCUCAGCAUAUAAACACGUAGAAAGCGAUUCAUCCGAGCCACUCGUGCACUUGUUGUUGACAUUGCGAUGAUCGGUCGCAGAUGGCAAAGCCGCCGGUCGCAAACAACACUGCGCUUGCGGUUCAACAAGGGUCCCACUUUGUGUAUCAAAGCUUGCAGCAGAUGGCAAAGAUAGCCACGGCCAGACUGGCCUGUGAAUCCCUCCAUUGUGUGUUCCGCUCCAGCCGUGAUGUAUCGCUUCUUCUUCUUCUUCUCGGUCGCAGCGAAGAGCACUGAACUUUCUAAUGCCUCAUUCACUGAGUCAAACCCAAUCAUGAGGAUGUGUGGGGAGAGGAUUCGUCAUCGACACACACAGAAAGGGAAGACAGGAGCGUCGAGGAGAUACGGACGGACGGAUGAGCUCAGUGAGGAGCAUAAGAGGGACGCUUGUUCUCGGUCCACAAAAGACGUGGCCGUAGGCUGGAGGAAAUGCCACUUACCAACACGACUGAGCGCGAUGAAUCAACGCACCAGGAAUCUCGGCGGACCGCACGCAACUGCUGAUGAUGAUUAAUAUUCCAAUAACAGUUUUACAGUAUUCCAAUGAUUGCUUUCCAAGGAACCACUUCAUUAAAAUAUACCAAAGUGUAAAUAGCUAAAACUGAAAAGUUGGACAUGUCUCACAAAAAGAAACAUUUAGGUGGAAUUUCUCCAUGAAUUUAAAAUGUGUUUAACGGUGAAGUUGAUUUGACCUAAUGUCGUUCUAAAAUUUGACCCCAAUAUGCCAAACUAGUGAACAUUCUAAUGCGUGUUCCUUGGAAGUUACAAUGUUUACUGAAUCUCCCAGGGAAUUAUUUUUUUGUGUAUACGUGUGAAAA